AUGUCCGCAUUAUUGGAUCCGAAAGCCGCCGGCGCCAGGCGUUUCGAAGGCCAGGUUGCCGUCGUCACCGGCGGCGGGCAGGGCAUCGGAUCGGCCACCGCCCGUCGCCUGGCGCAGGAAGGGGCGUCCAUCGUCAUCGGAGACAUGGUCGCUGAAACCUCCGAACGCGUCCGCAAGGAAAUCCAGGAUUUCGGCGGCUCUUGCGAGGUUUCCCUGGGUGACCUCUCGAAGUGGGAGAACGCCGAGGCGCUCAUGUCCCGGGCGCGCGACGCCUUCGGCAGGAUCGACGUCCUCGCCAACAUUGCCGGCGGAACCAUCUGGUUCCAGUCCUUGCAGUAUUACACGCCCGAUCAGAUCCAGGCGGAGAUCGAUCGCAGCUUUUGGACCGCCAUGUGGUGCUGCCGUGCUGCGUUGCCCCACAUGAUUGACCAGGGUUCCGGCGCGAUUGUUAACAUCGCCACCCACGCCGUCACCGGCCGCUUCCGCGUUCCCUAUGCCGCUGCCAAGGCCGGCCAAAUCGGCCUGACCACUUCGUUGGCGCGGGAGGUCGCCCACCUGGGCAUCCGGGUCAACUGCGUCGCUCCCAGUGGGACCGCCGCUGAUGAUCGGGUGACACCCCGCGAUUUCGGCGUUGGAAUCGUUCCACCAGAGUUGCCGGCCAGCGAGCGCGCCGCCCAGGAUGAGUACCGCUCAGCGACCCGCAACUCCGAAAUCCCCAUGGGGCGGCGCGGCGAGGCCGACGAACAGGCAGCGGCCAUCGCCUUCCUGGCCUCCCACGACGCAUCCUACAUCACCGGUCAGGUGCUGGCCGUAGGCGGGGGCCAGCCCUACCCGUUCUAG